AUGGAGAGGUCUAAGGAUGUCGAGGCUGGCAAGGGACCUUCUUCAAUUCCCCACUGGCGCUUGGUAUGGGACCAAGGUCUUAUCACUGAUGAGGUCAUGAACUGGAACUACCCAGGCUCAGGAACUGAUGAGGACCCGUACGUGGUCAACUGGAUUACGAACGACCCCCGCAACCCUAUGCUCUUCUCCGAGCUCAAGAAAUGGGGCCUCACGAUGCUCGUCGCAAUUGCGACUCUAGCGGUAGCUUUUGUCUCGUCAGCUUACUCUGGUGGCAUCAGACAGAUUCUAGUCGAGUUCGGUGCUUCGAAGGAAGUGGGUAUCCUUGGUGUUUCUCUCUUCGUUCUCGGUUUUGCCAUUGGUCCCCUUCUCUGGGCGCCACUCUCCGAGAUCUUCGGUCGUCAAGUGCUCUUUGUCACCACCUAUGGCGGUCUGACUGCUUUCAACGCUGGAGCUGCUGGUUCUAACUCUAUGGCUACUCUCAUUAUUCUUCGAUUCUUCGCUGGUGCUAUUGGAUCUUCUCCUCUCACUAACGCCGGAGGUGUGAUUGCCGACAUGUUCUCGGCCAACGAGAGAGGUCUGGCUAUGACCCUGUUUGCUGCUGCCCCUUUCAUGGGACCCGUUCUUGGACCUAUCGUUGGAGGCUUUGUCGGCGAGACUAUUGGUUGGCGAUGGGUCGAGGGUGUUAUGGCCAUCUUUACUGGUGUGCUCUGGAUCGUCGGCUCGCUUCUCAUCCCGGAGACCUACCCUCCCGUGCUCCUUCGCAAGCGUGCUGCAAAGAUGUCCAAGAUGACUGGCAAGGUCUACCGCAGCAAGGGCGACGUUGAUCAAGGUCCCACAACUUUUGGCAAGGUUUUCAAGACCUCUCUUCUGCGUCCCUGGAUCCUGCUUUUCCGCGAGCCCAUCGUGUUGCUUCUGUCGAUCUACAUGGCUAUCAUUUACGGAACUCUUUACAUGCUUUUCGCAGCAUUCCCCAUUGUCUACCAGCAAGGCAGAGGUUGGAGCCAAGGAAUUGGCGGUCUGGCCUUCUUGGGAGUCGCUGUAGGCAUGCUUAUGGCCGUGGGAUAUUCGAUCUGGGACAACAAGCGUUACGUCAAGAUCUCUGGAGAACAUGGAGGCUUUGCUCCCCCUGAGGCUCGCCUGCCUCCCUGUAUCUUGGGCGGCAUCUGCUUGCCCAUUGGACUCUUCUGGUUCGCUUGGACCAAUUCGCCCUCGAUUCACUGGAUAGCUUCGAUUGCUGCUGGCGUACCAUUUGGCUUCGGCAUGGUAUUGGUCUUCCUUGCUAUCAUGAACUUCUUGAUUGACUCGUACACUAUCUUUGCUGCAUCUGUACUUGCAGCAAACUCUGUCCUACGUUCGCUCUUCGGUGCGGCUUUCCCUCUCUUCACCGGACAGAUGUAUGACAAUCUUGGCAUUCACUGGGCUUCCACCAUCCCUGCUUUCCUCGCCCUGGUCUGUGUUCCUAUGCCAUUCCUUUUCUACAAAUUUGGACCUCAGAUUCGCGAACGUUGCAAGUACGCAAAGCAGUCCAUGGACUUCAUGCGUAACAUGCAGAAACAGAUGGCAGGAGGCGAGAGCAAAGAGGACGAGGAGAAGGAAGAACAAGAAGCCUUUGACUAUUCGUAUGAGGAUGAAUCGCAUGGUGACGGCGAGACUCCCAAGUUCGAGGAGAUCAAGACCGGAAACGACAGUCAGGGACUUGGUGGUGCCAGACUAUCUCGCACCUCCACAUAUGAGCACUCACCUUACGACAUCGACCGCGUCAACACACGGGAGUCAUUCACCAAGCCCAGGUCUCGAGCUUCGAGCCUCCGUCGCGGUGCUUGA